AUGAGGAAUCCGGCUCCGCAGCAACACUGGAAUGAGCCUCUGGCUCGGGUCAUGGACGUCGUCCUCAACUGCACGAUUCGCUUCAAGACUGCUGCUGAGGUCGGGAAGCGCGCCGUCUUUUACUGCCGCGGCGAAGAUCUCUUCGCGUGGAUGAUGGAGAAUCGCGAUAUGCUUCAGAAGAAGCACGCCGACGCGCUCGACGGGCAGGCUUUCGAAACGUCCGAGGACGUCGCCGCCUUCUGCGACAAACUCAUUCGCUUCGGCUUCAUGUACCGCGCACAGUAUAAGCCAAUUGAUGGCGUCAUUGAGCAAGACGAGGAGGGCCGAUUCAAGCGCCCCAAAUGGCCGAAGCGUCUGGGCAUGACGCCGAAGCAGACUUUUGAUCCUCAGGCCUUCUACGUGGUUGUCUACGAGGGCUCCAAGUCGUGGCAGCACUUUAUUCUCUUUUGCAUCAUCGCUGCUGUUUUGUGCGUCUGCAUGUUCCCCGCCUGGCCGCUGAAGCUCAAGGUCGCCGUCUGGUAUCUCUCCGUUGUGCUGCUGACGUUCAUCCUCGCCCUGGUGUUUGUUCGCCUGAUUCUCUUCGUGUUUUUCUGGUUCUUCGGCUACCAAUUCUGGCUGCUGCCGAAUCUCUUCAACGAAGACGCAGGCAUCAUCGACAGCUUCCUGCCCUGGAUCGAGUGGGAGAGGAGCGGCGACGACUGGGCGAUGUUCGCGGCCCGCAUUUUCUGCGCGAUCCUCACUGCCGGAACGCUCUACAAACUCAGCGAGACGCACACGCCCGCGAGCGUGGCGAACUUUGCGAAGCAGUCUUUCCUCGACGUCCUCGACUGGGGCCACCAGCGGCUGGCUGCUCCGCCUGGCGGCUACUCGAAGUACGCGUCGAUCACAGACAAGCAGGAAGGCGACGAAGGCGCAACUGAAGGAGAAGAAGCCAAGGAGGGCGAUGGCGAAGCCAAAACAGGAGACGAAGAAGAUUAUUCGUGCCUCAAGCCUUGCGGGUUCGCGUCUUUCGAGCACCUCAUGCAAGCUCGCUGCCUCGUCAACUGCACGUGCCUUCGGGAUUUAGUCGAGUCGAAAUGCUUCCCGGCGUGUCCGGAGGCGACUCAGGUUGCGCUCAACGAAGCUGCGCGCGACGCAUGCGACGCUGAGAUGAACCGGAAGAAGAAGAGACAGUGA